AUGCUGUCAGACGACGAAUCACAGGAAUUGUUGGCAGUGUCAGCGACUUCCUCUCACAACAAUCUCACGGAUAGAGCUAAGACGGAUGCAUUACACAAACGAGUAGAUGAGCAGUCAACCAAAACCAAUACCCUCUUGAAGAAGACGUGGGAGUUCUUCAAACAUCAAGUUUUAGGCCGCCCCAAUGAGUUCGAGCAGUUUGUCUUGAAUAACGAACCAAAUGACAGCUCUUUGAUUGCCAAAUACACCAAGGUGGUGGAUAUCGACUUAACCGAACAACCGUUACUGGUUGACUCGGUGACGUUGAAUACUAUCCAUAUCCCUCACCCAUUGGUCAGCUUUAUGAGGAACGAGAAGAAUCAAGUACUGGAUUCAGACUUGGACAUAGUCACCGACUUGAAGGAAUCGCCAAUAUUGGUCUUCAUCCAUGGAUUGGGUGGACAAAUGUCCCAAUUUGAACCCUUGAUGGGUUUGCUAUCUCAAUGCCUGGAAAUUGUGUCGUUGGACUUACCAGGCUUUGGAAACUCGAGACUUGACUUUUCCAAAGACUCAAAACUGGAAACUAGUUUGACCGAGGAUGAGAAAGUAAGAAUUUCUUCAAGUGUCAAAAAGAUGUCGUGGGAAGAUUUUCAGACGGAUAAUAUCGUUAAUAUCAUUUACGAGUUUAUUCGGCAAAACAUUGCCAAAGGUAAGAGGAUUGUCUUAAUUGGACAUUCUAUGGGUACUCAUCUUUCGAUUAAAGUAGCUAAAAAGCUACCAUCUCAACAAGUUGAAGGAUUGAUUUUAUUAUCUCCGCCUGGAUUGACUGAUGACGUUGAGAAGGAGAUACCUUCCCAUAAAACUGGAACAGUGACGUUAUUGAAGUUUUUCACGUACUUCCCAUUCUUUUUCAAUGCCUUCAGAUGUUGGGACAGGUUGGAAGGUUUGAACAGUACCAGUGUGCUAAGACAAUUGGGUAAGGUUACAAACUUAGAUCACAAUAUCUACGUUAAGUUAAGGCAAUUUAGAUGGAAUAUGGAUGUACACUCGGAUGUUGUGUUGAAGUAUGCUUCUGGGUUCCGCAAAGCCAAGUACUCGGAAUUACUUGCAGGAAUAUCCAAAUUCAAUGACAACGCUCUGGAUAAAACGGUGUAUGAGAAGACUUUGCUCAUUGGAGGAACUAAUGAUGGGGUCACCCCAGUGAAAAUAAUUCACGAAGUGGAUGCUUUCUUGACCAAAAAGUUUGAUAGAAAGGUAUCUUCAAUAAUAGAGGUUAAUAAUGCAGGUCAUUCUCUAUUGCUAAACAAACCAGAACUCAUUAGUGGAAUGAUUUUGAACCACGUGGAGCUGAAGUUCCCAGAGAGGUUACAUUUGUCGCCAGCGUGGGUUCUAAAGGUGAAAGCGAAGAUUUCUGGUGAUAAAUGGGGUUUGAAGAACGAGUUGAAGUGGCUGGCCCUCAAGCCAAUCUCUUCGAACAUUGGACGUGAUGGGGGUCGCGAUGUGUCUCCUUUGUUAGGAAUGAAGACAUUGAGAGAAGGCGACGCAAACCACUCGCCUACCAUUGUUGAGCAAAGGUUCUAUGGUAACUCUAGGGUCCAAUCAGAUCUUCAGGGUACUUUGGUAGCCAUUGUGGACAUCUCUGCUGAUAUUCCGCCAUACAGUCCUAAAUCGUUUAAGCACAUCCAAUACUACAAGUGCUCUACUGUGUCGAAAGUAGUACCUGACCAGGUUGCAGUCAGACGGUUUAUUCAAUUGAUUGACGAUAUCUUAUCCAACACUACUACGGAAAAUCCAUUGGUCGCAGUGCAUUGUCACUAUGGGUUCAACAGAACCGGAUAUUUAAUAUGCUGCUAUUUGAUAGAACGACUUGGUUGGACUGUUCAAGAGGCUGUGGAUGGUUUCAAGGAUGCGAAAUUUCCUGGCAUCAAACAUCCCCAUUUUAUUGACGGAUUGUACGUCAGGUACGAGGGGUAA